AUGGCAUCUCGAAGAGUCGUAUUAGGUGUUCGGGCAAUUGCUCGAGCUGCCCAGCAGUAUUCGGUUCAAUCACGUACCGUGAAACCUACUUCACUGCUUCGCAAUCGGCUACCGACGUCACCGCAUCCCGCUGUACCGUCCUGUGCUGCUGUCCAGACCAGAUGGGCGUCGUCCGCCACGGAUCCGAAUUUGAAGAAGACCCGGCUCUAUGACCUUCAUGUCGCAAAUGGGGGACAGAUGGUCCCGUUUAGCGGAUAUUCCAUGCCGGUUCAAUACAAGGACUUGAGCAUCGUUCAAUCGCAUUUGUGGACGAGGGAGAAGGCCAGUCUGUUUGAUGUUAGCCACAUGCUGCAACACCACUUCUCCGGACCAGGCGCCGCAGGAUUCCUCUCCCUCAUCACGCCCUCGUCCCUCUCGACUCUCCCCACCAACCAAUCCACCCUCUCCUGUCUCCUCCACCCCGAAACCGGCGGCAUCAUCGAUGACACGAUCAUCACCAAACUCCGCCCUGAGCUCUUCUACGUUGUCACCAACGCCGGCUGCCGCGAAAAAGACACCGCCUACCUCCAAACUCACCUCGACGCCUGGACCGCUGCCGGCCACUCCGAAGUGACCUGGACCCCCCUCCCUGACAACAGCCUCCUCGCCCUCCAAGGUCCCCUCUCUUCCUCCAUCCUCUCCUCCCUCCUCGCCCCCGAUCAUCCCGUCGAGCUCCAAAAAGUCCUCUUCGGCCAAUGCGUCGAGAUCAGCAUCCAGCUACCCAACGGCGACGUCGCCCGCAACAUCCUUGCUUCUAGAGGCGGCUACACCGGCGAAGACGGCUUCGAGCUCUCCCUCCCUCCGGCGGUCGACCCACACGAGGUCGCCUCCACGCUCCUCCAGCACGCCGGCCCCGACCAGCUUCGCCUGGCCGGCCUCGCGGCGCGCGAUAGCCUACGCCUAGAAGCGGGGAUGUGUCUUUACGGAAACGACCUCGACGAGACGACGACGCCAGUGGAAGCGGGGCUGGGGUGGGUGAUUGGGAAAGACCGACGUGCGAACGGCGGGUUCCAUGGCGCGGACACGAUUCUGGGUCAGUUGAAGCUGAAGAAGGAUGGGGGGACGGGGGUGGCGAGGAGGCGGGUAGGAUUGACUGUGGAGGGGGCGCCGGCGCGGGCGGGGGCGGAGAUCGUGGUAGGGGGGGAGAAGGUGGGGGUGGUGACGUCGGGGUGCCCGAGUCCGAGUUUGCGGAAGAAUAUCGCGAUGGGGUAUGUCAAGAGUGGGUUGCACAAGGCGGGGACGGAGGUGGGGGUGGUGGUGAGAGGGAAGGAGAGAAAGGCGACGGUGACGAAGAUGCCGUUUGUGCCGAGUCGAUAUUGGAAGGGGGCGGCGCCGGCGUAGGUUGUACAAUAGUGGUGAAGAUGUGGAUAUCUACCCCUUUUCAUAUACAAAUUCACAAUAGACCGCUCUCGACAAUAAAGUGCAACAUCGCCGAACGCUUCAUUGACAUGCAAACAAUAGACAUUAAGUAAACCAAUACCGCCAUCCACCCAACACCCCACUACCGUAUCCCUGACUCCCCAAACACAAUCUGCACCACCUCAUCCAACAACGUAAACACCAAAUGUGCAUUCAACCUCUCAUUAUUCAACACCGCCAACACCCUCCUCCCCGCCCCCUGCGCAUUCCCUCUCCCCACCACACUCCCCACCAAAUCCG